UGAGACGCACUGGACGCGCUGGAUGGCAGAGGAGCCGGACAGCUGUAACCUGCUGCCCUGCAGAGCCAAACAGCAGUCUAUUUGUUGAAUACAAGCGGACACUAUCAGCGACCAAGCUCCCUUCUUACUGGAAUUUGUUUGGAGUCCAGCACGUGCGUAAAAGGCUAAACGCACAGCUCUCUCUUUUGCACUUGGAGUGCUGAUCUUCAUGCUGGAUGAGCAGAAUGCCUUAGAAGAUGAACACCUCUCUGUGUGACUCUGCAGCCACCAUGUAUCAUCUGACCACAGACCACCAGCCGAAUGCCAGCUGCAACUUCUCCACACCUCCGUCCAACUGGACAGCUGGGGGCGGCGCCCUGCAGCUGCCCACUUUCACCACAGCAGCCAAGGUCAGGGUCAUCAUCACAUGCAUGCUCUGUGGUGUUUCAGCCUUUUGUAACUUGGCUGUUCUGUGGGCAGCUCACAGCGAUGGGAAGAGAAAAUCUCACGUCAGGGUGCUGAUUAUGAACCUGACAAUGGCUGACCUGCUGGUGACCUUCAUCGUCAUGCCGGUGGAUGCCGUGUGGAACAUCACAGUCCAGUGGCUGGCAGGGGACUUUGCCUGCAGGCUGCUGAUGUUUCUGAAGCUGCAGGCGAUGUACUCCUGCGCCUUUGUCACCGUGGUGAUCAGUCUGGAUAGGCAGUCAGCCAUCCUUGACCCUCUGGCUAUCAACAAGGCCAAAACCAGGAACAGAGUCAUGCUGACUGUGGCGUGGGGCAUGAGUGUUCUGCUGUCAGUCCCUCAGAUAUUCCUGUUUCACAAUGUGACCAUCAUCCAUCCCGAGGACUUCACUCAAUGCACCACACGAGGAAGUUUUGUCACUCACUGGCAUGAAACAGCCUACAACAUGUUCACCUUUUCCUGCCUGUUCUUGCUCCCAUUGGUCAUCAUGAUCACCUGUUACACCAGGAUCUUCUUUGAGAUCUCCAAACGACUGAGAAAGGACAACUUGCCCACCAAUGAAGUUCAUCUGCGGCGGUCAAAGAAUAACAUCCCUAGAGCACGGAUGAGGACUCUCAAAAUGAGUAUUGUGAUCGUCUCGUCCUUCAUUAUCUGCUGGACUCCGUACUACCUGCUGGGCCUGUGGUACUGGUUCUUUCCAGACGACCUGGAGGGGAAGGUUUCCCACUCACUCACACACAUCCUGUUUAUUUUUGGGCUUGUCAACGCCUGCCUAGACCCCAUCAUCUAUGGCCUUUUCACCAUUCACUUCAGAAAGGGGUUCCGGAGGUAUUUCUGCAACGCCACCACAGCGACAGAGCUGGAUAAUAACACGGUUGUAACUGAAUCUUUCUCCUGCGCUGCCAACUCUUUGCCAAUGAAAAAUGAGGUGAGGACUGUCAGUCAAGAGAGGUUCUUGUUGUCCAGUGACAACCAAAGCAACAGAGAGUCCUCAUCACCAAGAAGCAGCUUUUUAACAGCAAAUAAUGAAGCAGAGAGAGAUCCAAACCAGUCCAGCCUUGAGAGCAUUAUGUAGGAGUACAGACAAGAACUCUCUGAUUUAUAUUUAUGACUGUUGUAAGUUGUUUUAUUUAUUCAGAUUGAUUCACUGUUGAACUAUCUUUU